AAGUUCUAACGUUCUUUUUCCGGGUCGAAGUAAUUAGCACACCCAUGAAUGUGAGCUAGCGGGCCCGAAUUCUUCAAUAAAAUAACAAAAAAGAAAACAGAAUAGGACUUCUAAUUAGUUCUGAUACAGACCAUUCCAGUGUAUCGUUCCGUAACCAUAUGACACAGCGAUGCCGGGGCUCAGCUGUAGAUUUUACCAGCACCGGUUCCCAGAGGUGGAGGAUGUCGUGAUGGUGAACGUGAGAUCCAUCGCAGAGAUGGGCGCUUACGUCAGCCUUUUGGAGUAUAACAACAUUGAAGGCAUGAUUCUCCUUAGCGAGCUGUCACGUCGACGUAUCCGCUCCAUCAACAAGCUCAUCCGUAUAGGCCGCAAUGAGUGUGUAGUCGUCAUCCGAGUAGACAAAGAAAAGGGAUACAUUGAUUUAUCAAAAAGAAGAGUUUCACCAGAGGAGGCCAUCAAGUGUGAGGACAAAUUCACUAAAUCCAAAACUGUCUACAGUAUCUUGCGACACGUUGCAGAGGUCCUGGAAUACAGCAAGGACGAGCAGCUGGAGAGCUUGUACCAACGCACCGCCUGGGUGUUCGAUGAGAAAUACAAGCGGCCAGGAUACGGAGCCUAUGAUGUCUUCAAACAGGCCGUAUCAGACCCAUCAAUCCUGGACGGUCUGGACUUAACAGAGGAGGAGAGGAGUGUGCUGAUUGAUAACAUCAACAGGCGACUCACUCCACAAGCCGUCAAAAUCAGAGCAGACAUUGAAGUGGCAUGUUACGGAUAUGAGGGCAUUGACGCAGUGAAGGAGGCUUUGAGGGCCGGGCUAGGCUGCUCCACAGAAGUCAUGCCCAUCAAGAUCAACCUGAUCGCUCCCCCGCGUUACGUGAUGACAACGACCACUCUGGAGCGCACAGAAGGUCUGUCUGUCCUCAACCAGGCCAUGGCUGCAAUCAAGGAGAAGAUCGAAGAGAAAAGAGGCGUCUUUAACAUCCAGAUGGAGCCGAAGGUGGUGACGGACACGGAUGAGACAGAGCUCGCCCGGCAGCUGGAGAGGUUAGAGCGGGAGAACGCCGAGGUGGACGGAGACGAUGACGCCGAGGAGAUGGAGGCCAAAGCGGAGGACUAGAGAGCGUCCUCAGACAAAAGGCUGGUGGGGAAAAAAACCCAACACAUCCAAGGCAAAGUGUGGACAGAAAAUGGCCAUGGUCACUCAGUCCAAAACAGAAGUUAACUUUCACAUUGCAAACAUUAACUGGUGUUGAUACUUCAUUGGCAGACGUUCCGGUUUGUUCAUUAGCGAGGUUUGUUUCAGAAGACGGCAACACAAAAAGCAGUCUUCUCAUCCAAACCCGGACACGAAGGAAAGUAAAAUUACACAACAUACGUCAAUAUAGUCUCUAUUUUUAAGUACCUAAUUUGAAUAUACAACUCUAAAAUGACAAAAGCUGUUUACAAAGCAGUGGCCUUUGACUUUCCUCUCGCUUUAAGAGCCCAGUGUCUUCAGUUUUCGUAGCGCUUCAUCUCUGACUGGUCACUGGAUGGGGUCGAAAAAAGGCUCGUGUGUCUGAACACCGGUCAGUGCUGACUUUAUGUGCUGUCCCUCUUCCGGAUAAAGAGUUUUUACUGGCAAGAUUUUCAUCUUGUUUAGCUCACAUGGCAUCAAUAAAGUUCUGGAAGUUUCGA